UAUAAUUAGAGAAUCCGAUACGAAACUCUUUUUCUUCCUCAACCUCUCUCUCACUUCAAUUACUUGAUCACUCUUGUUCACUUCAAUUCAUACAAUUCGUGUGUUUUGGUUUCUUAGAAAUCGAAUAUUUAAUUAACAAGCCUUCCGUCUCGUCCGUCACUCUUUCCCAACACAAAAUGGAAGGAAAAGAUCUGGAAUUUGCAGUUAACGGAGAGAGAUUCAAAGUCAACUCUGUUGACCCUUCUACGACUUUACUCGAGUUCUUGCGAUUCAACACUCCUUUCAAGAGUGUCAAGCUCGGUUGUAGCGAAGGAGGAUGUGGCGCUUGUUUAGUAAUGCUAUCGAAACACGAUCCAGACUCAGAUCAAGUGAAGGAACAUAGCAUAAACUCUUGCCUCACGCUUCUCUGUAGUAUAAACGGAUGUUCCAUCACAACAUCAGAAGGUCUCGGAAACACUAAAAAAGGUUUCCACCCAAUCCACAACCGUUUCGCCGGGUUCCACGCCUCUCAGUGCGGUUUCUGCACACCAGGGAUGUGCAUUUCUCUCUACUCUGCUCUCUCAAAUGCUCACAUUAAUCAUAACAACACCCUCACUGUCUCCGAAGCUGAGAAAGCAAUUGCUGGAAACCUCUGUAGAUGCACUGGUUACCGUCCCAUCGUUGAUGCUUGUAAGAGUUUCGCUGCUGAUGUUGACAUUGAGGAUUUGGGGUUGAACUCCUUUUGGAAGAAGGGAGAUAGUAAAGAGGUUAUGGUGAAAAGCUUGCCUCCUUACAACCCUGACGACCAUCUUGUGACGAGGUUAUUCCCUGAGUUCUUGAAGAAGAAGAAGAAAGUUCGUAAUGGUUUGGAUCAUUCGAGGUAUCAUUGGACUACUCCUUUUUGCGUAAACGAGCUUUGUAACGUAUUGGAGUCUGCUAAUUCUGUAGGCUCGUUGAAGUUAGUUGUUGGCAACACAGGGAGUGGUUAUUACAAAGAUGAGGAACGGUUUGAUAGGUAUGUUGAUAUCAGCCACAUUCCGGAGAUGUCUAUGAUCAAGAAAGAUGAGAAUGGUAUUGAGAUUGGAGCAGCUGUGACUAUAUCUGAUGUGAUUGAUGCUCUGAAGGAUUCUGAUUUCGAGAAAAUGGCGGCUCAUAUGGAGAAAAUUGGCAACCAUUCUAUCAGGAACUCAGCGAGUAUCGGCGGUAAUCUAGUCAUGGCACAGAGCAGGAAGUUUCCUUCUGAUAUUACCACUCUUUUGCUCGCUGCAGAUGCGUCUGUGUUUAUGCUUAAUGUCAGGGAAAUUGAGAAGGUUAAGCUUCAAGAGUUUCUUGACUUACCUCCAAUAUUAGACACCAAACGAGUACUUUUAAAAGUUGACAUUCCAGCAUGGACUGCUCCUUCUAGGGAUGACACUGAAUUGCUCUUUGAGACUUAUCGAGCCGCGCCUCGCUCUAUUGGAAACGCAUUGCCGUAUGUGAAUGCUGCUUUCUUUGCAAGAGUGUCUCACUCAGGACGAGGUGUAGUGGUGAAUAAAUGUUUGUUGGCUUUUGGUUCUUAUGGCGGUGAUCAUUCAAUCAGGGCGACAGAAGUUGAGCAUUUCCUGACGGGUAUAUUGCUGAGCCACAGUGUUUUGUAUGAAGCUAUGGGUUUACUUAGAGGAAUCAUAGUUCCAAGCAAAGAUACCUCUUACCCUGAGUACAGGAAAGCCUUGGCUGUUGGGUUCCUUUUUGAGUUUUGCUAUCCACUGAUUGGUAAUAAUGGCCAUAGAAUAUGUAGUAGUCUUGAUUCAGGGGAAAAACAUAGCAACGGCCAUGUGGAUCACACAGAAUCUCUUCCCUUCCUCUCAUCUUCACAACAAGUGGUAGAGAGUGAUGAAUUUCAGCCUGUUGGUGAAGCUGUUAUCAAAGCUGGAGCUGCAUUACAGGCUUCUGGUGAAGCUGUUUUUGUUGAUGAUAUUCCGACUUUACCAAACUGUCUACAUGGAGCGUUUAUAUAUAGCACGGAGCCUUUGGCUAAGAUUAAAAGCAUAAGCUUCAGUGAGAACGUGACCCCCACUGGAGUUUUUGCACUUCUUACUUUCAAGGACAUACCACAACAGGGACAAAACAUUGGUUCCAAGACUGUUUUUGGACCGGGACCUUUAUUUGCAGAUGAACUAACUAGAUGUGCUGGUCAAAGAAUUGCUCUUGUGGUUGCAGACACACAGAAACAUGCAGACAGGGCAGCAAAACUUGCAGUUGUUGAGUAUGAUAUAAAGAACUUAGAAGAAGAGCCGAUAUUAACGGUCGAAGAUGCGGUUAAGAGAUCUAGCUUCUUUGAGGUACAUCCAAUGUUUUACCCUGAACCAGUAGGUGAUGUUUUACAUGGAAUGAAAGAAGCUGAUAGAAAGAUACUCUUGGCUGAGUUCAGACUCGGUUCACAGUACUUCUUCUAUAUGGAGCCACAAACAGCACUUGCCUUGCCAGAUGAAGACAACUGUAUCAAAGUGUUCAGUUCAUCUCAAGCACCUGAGUACGUUCAUUCGGUAAUCGCAACAUGUCUCGGCAUUCCAGAGCAUAACGUCCGAGUCAUCACCAGAAGAGUUGGAGGUGGCUUUGGUGGCAAAGCUGUUAAAUCAAUGCCUGUCGCAACAGCAUGCGCACUGGCUGCUCACAAACUGCAGCGUCCAGUUAAGAUGUAUCUAAACCGAAAGACGGAUAUGAUAAUGGCUGGAGGAAGGCAUCCGAUGAAAGUGACAUACAACGUCGGUUUCAGAUCAGAUGGUAAGCUCACAGCACUAGAACUAACAAUGCUGAUAGACGCAGGGAUAGAGCCAGACGUGAGCCCUAUCUUACCUCGGAAUAUAAUGGGUCCGCUAAGGAAGUAUGACUGGGGAGCCUUGUCCUUUGAUGUAAAAGUGUGCAAGACGAAUCUUCCUAGCAGAACAGCGAUGAGAGCUCCAGGGGAAGUACAAGGCUCAUACAUUGCUGAGUCCAUUAUCGAGAAUGUAGCCUCUUUUCUUCACAUGGAAGCUGAUGAAGUGAGAAAGAUAAACCUUCACACUUACCACAGCCUCGGGAAGUUCUACAAGCAUAUCUCCGGUGAGGCCGAGGAGUACACACUGCCUUUACUAUGGGACAAGGUAGAGAUAUCUUCAGAGUUCAAGAAAAGAGGUGAGAUGGUUAAGGAGUUUAAUAAAUGCAACGUAUGGCGAAAGAGAGGGUUAUCUCGUGUACCUAUUGUCCAUCAAGUUAUGCAGAGGGCGACACCGGGUAGAGUAAGUAUCUUGAGCGAUGGUUCAGUUGUGGUUGAGGUUGGAGGUAUUGAGAUAGGUCAAGGACUGUGGACCAAAGUGAAACAGAUGGUUGCUUAUGGUCUUGGUUUGAUGAAAUGCACCGGAAGUGAUAAGCUGUUAGAGAAGGUACGUGUUGUUCAGGCCGACACACUCGGUUUGAUCCAAGGAGGUUUCACUGCUGGUAGCACGACAUCAGAGAACAGUUGUGAAGCUGUUAGGCUUUGCUGUGUUAUCUUGGUGGAGAGGCUGAAACCUACAAUGGAUCAAUUGAAGUCAGGUUCAGUGACAUGGAACAUGCUUAUUCAACAAGCGUAUGCUAAGUCUGUGAAUUUAUCGGCGAGUGCAUUGUAUACGCCGGAGUUUUCUUCCAUGGAAUAUCUCAACUAUGGGGUUGGAGUCAGUGAGGUGGAGGUAGACGUUUUAACUGGAAAAACAGAGAUUUUAAGAUCAGAUAUCAUUUAUGACUGCGGAAAAAGUCUUAAUCCUGCUGUUGAUUUAGGACAGGUGGAAGGAGCUUUUGUUCAAGGAAUAGGAUUUUUCAUGAUGGAAGAGUACACUACAGAUGAGAAAGGGCUUGUGGUGCAACAAGGCACUUGGGACUACAAAAUUCCUACGGUCGAUACCAUCCCUAAAAAGUUCUUCGUUGAGAUUCUCAACACUGGACAUCACAAAAACCGUGUUCUCUCCUCUAAAGCAUCGGGUGAACCGCCUUUGCUUCUAGCGGCUUCGGUUCAUUGUGCAACGAGAUCAGCCAUUAGGGAAGCUCGGAGACAGUCCCUUUCAUGGGACUGUAAUGAUGGCGACAGAGACGUGUCUGGUGCGGAUUUUGAGUUACCGGUUCCCGCUACAAUGCCCGUGGUAAAGGGUCUUUGCGGAUUGUAUAGCGUAGAGAAGUACUUAGAAGGGAAGAUCUGUGGGAAAUAAAAGGCAAAUUAAUUCUUGUUGCUGCUGUUUUAUAGCGUUACUUGUGUUGCGUCUUUAUACAAAAUAAAUGUUGCGAGCUAUUGUUUUCAAAAAGCAUGAGCUUUUAUGAAAGGAA